AUGACAGGGUGGAGGGGAACUCUUGGUUAUGCUGCACCAGAAGUUUGCCUGCGGUGUCCUAUAACCCACAAGUGUGAUGUGUACAGCUUUGGAAUGCUAUUAUUUGAGAUCAUAGGUAGAAGAAGGAACCUAGACCUGAAUCUGCCGGAGAGUCAAGACUGGUUUCCGAUGUGGGGAUGGAAGAAGUUUGAAGCUGGUGAACUAGAAGAACUAAUGGUAGUAUGUGGUAUAGAUGAAAAAGAUAAAGAGGCAGCAGAGAGAAUGGUAAAAGUAGCUAUAUGGUGUGUUCAGUAUAGCUCCGAGUUGAGGCCUUUGACGAGUGUAGUGGUGAAAAUGCAGGAAGGAGCACUUGAAAUUCCUAAGCCUUCAAUUAACCCAUUUGAGUACUUGAUGCCAGGUACUCCAAUCAUGGCUGCAUUUCCCGCAUAUAGCACUAGUGCAUUCGACACUGAUUCCUCUCAAAAGAUAACUGGACAUAGCUUCUACUUUUAG